AUGGUUGGGAUAUGCUUCUUAUCCCGCAUACAUGCACGGACACGUAAUCGACUCACGGACCCACCGCGGGACAGUUUACUACGCUAUGGAUGUCAUCUUCCUCCCCAUCACCAUCAUAAUCAUCAUCAUUAUCAUCACCAAUCAUCACCGCCCACCAUCUUGAGGUUGACAAAAUCAAGCGAGCUCGAUCUUCCACCUCCCUGCAGCAUUACCCAACGGACGGCCUGGAUCAAGCGAAGAAGAGAGAGAGAGAGGACGUAAUCUAUUUUAGGAAAUAAACUUGUUAGUGUCUAGAAAAAUGGAUCCAUCUGUCUGAGGAAAUGAGCUGUCCGAAAUAGCAGAAGAACGAAUCUAAGUUUAUAAGCACGCGGGGCUCCAGAUAGUACGACGGCAGCAGGACUUUUUUCCAUCAGGCCCCAGCCAUCUGGUGGACUAGAAAGCUCCACGUGUCACUGCCCAGACGUGGACCGCUGACUUUACGUCAAUUGGACCGCGAUGCGUUUCUUCGCGUGCUAUUACGGGCUCUUUAGCGUCUUCUCCUCGACCUCCGGCGUCUACGCGGCUUGUUCCUGGGCACACUGCAUAGGGGCCCACCAGCACCCCGCCCGCUUUUAUCGCGACAAGAGGGGUCGCAUAAAGGGUACGAGUGGCCCCACUUUCCUCAUGCAUUUUGUAUGAGCCUUCGGCCCAUGGCCCAACAGGCCACGUCAGGCUGCAACUAUCGAUGGGCCGAAUCAUGAUCAAACGUGCCCAAUCCUAGCGAGCCCUUGUCCUCACGUGUGAGCCCAAUAAACGCUGCGAUAUAUUCCAUGUACGCAUUGAGUUAUAGCGUGGGAUAUUGGCGGGGAGACAUUCUGUCCUACUGACCAAAUCAUAUGAACCUAAAUGACGAUUGGAAGGUUUUCCGGAUCUGAUCUGCAUCCACGCACACGUAUGAAGAUUAACAGAGAGGUGGUGCAGGCGGAAUAUACAGGGAAGAGCAAGGAGGGGAUCAGAAUCGUGGAUCGUCCGACCGUAUAAAGCUGAAAACAGAACACCUAGCUAUGAAUCCAUAGCGGAGCAGAAUGAGAGGUCCCCACUAAGGUGAAAAGGAAAUUUGGCGCAGAGAGAGAAUUUGACAAAGGAUCGGCGGCGACGGCCUUCUGGCCUGUGCCGUGAACGCUCAGCCGCCGAAGCCGUAGAGCGUCCGGCCCUGGCGCUUGAGGGCGUAGACGACGUCCAUGGCGGUGACGGUCUUGCGGCGGGCGUGCUCCGUGUAGGUGACCGCAUCGCGUAUGACGUUCUCCAGGAAGAUCUUGAGGACGCCCCUCGUCUCCUCGUAGAUGAGGCCGCUGAUGCGCUUCACGCCCCCACGGCGAGCAAGACGGCGAAUCGCGGGCUUCGUGAUCCCUUGAAUGUUAUCUCGGAGCACCUUGCGGUGGCGCUUCGCCCCGCCCUUGCCCAGCCCUUUGCCUCCCUUCCCUCGCCCCGACAUCCUUCUUCUCUCCUUUCUCUUCUCUGGUUCGCUCUUAGCAGCAGUACGCAGCUCCUUCUGAAAGGGGGAUGA